AUGUUUUGUGGAUUUUCAAGUACUCAAGUUUGUAUACUUAACGUCAUACAGACACAGAACAAUGGAACACAGAGCAAUGUCAAAAAUUAUUAUGUGAAACUUGAUUUCUUAUCAUCUGGUUCUGUUAUAAAAAUUACCCCAUUAAUCAGCUUACCCAAUUUACCCUUAAAUUAUACUACAGGAUGGCAAGUGGAAAGUAUUCCUUAUGGUGGUUAUUUAUUUUAUGGUUAUUUUCAGGAUGCAAACGGUCGUAACAAUGCUUAUGGAUACUAUUACAACGAAAUCGAAGAUUAUUAUAAGGAAUGGGAUUUUCCUGAACCAUCAGUUUUAAAUUCGCAAGGAACUUUGAUAAUUAUGUCUAAUAAUACUCUAUUAGUAUCACUAAGAGAAAAUAAUAAUACGUGGAUUUCGGAUAAUGGUUAUUUAAAUCUUCUAAUCUAUCGAAUCGAUGACAAAUUUACUACUCAAAACGUUACUCGACAAUUUGUUAAUGGCAACAAUGAUGAAUUUUGUUCCAUCUCUGAUGAUGAAUUAACUGUAAUUGUAGAAGUUAUCAGAAGUACCUUUAACAUAAUAUUAGCUAUUAGGAUAACUAAAGUUGAUAAUAAUUUUGUAAGAAGCAAAGUAUUCGGUGAACCCUUAAUGGGUAUAGAUUAUAAUAUUUGGAAUUUCUAUACAAGUUCGAGAGAAGAAAUUUUUUCAGACACAGUAUCCGGAGUAAUGCGUUUAACAAAAGAAGGCACCAGACACUACUAUGAUCUUAAUUCAACUGGAAGAACUAAUUUCUUUAAAAAUCUAAUAAUUGAAUUAUCUGAAAUUCUUUCUAUUGGUUCUAAUCGACUAA